AUGGCGUCGUCGGCGGCCGGGGGCGGCGGCAGGCCGGGCGAGAGGAACAGCAGGGACAUACGGCUGACGGUGCAGGAGGCGGCCAAGAAGCUCGCCCUCUGGCACACGGCCACCUUCCGCCCCAUAAUGACCCACGACGACCUCGACCCCAUCCUCGCCGACGCCGGCUUCGUCGCGCUGCCCAUGCCGCCAGACCCGCACCCGCAACCGCAGGAUCAGCCGCAGCCGCAACAGCAGCAGGUUCCGGUGCGGUGGAGGGAGUACGCCUUCCUCGGCUCCGGCGCCGGGAGUAAUGCGGUGGUCGGCUGGACGGGCCCGCGGCCGCGCCUGCCGUACCCGCGCGUCGACGCGCUGCACAUCCGCACCUACCAGGCCUUCCUCGGAGCCGUCGAGGUCUACCUCGGCGCCGCCCGCGUGCCCAACCUCUUCCACGUCAGGUGCAUGCCAGUGACAACGAAACAGGACAGGGUGUUCGACAAGGUCUUCCGGGCUAUGAGGAGUGACCAGGACGGCAUGAUUGUCUACCGGGAUGGCACCUUGGACGAUGCCACCUUCGCUGCCAUCUGCAGCGAGCAUACCCCCAUCGAGGACGUCGGCUACCAUGUCAUCCCUGGCAACGCGUGCAGCGAGCUUCGCUACCUCCGGCACGGCAAGAUCCAUGGUGGCAACUGCAAUGAGGAGACCUGCAAGGGUUACCCCGGCUACAUUGAUGUCGUCCGGCUCAAGGAUGUCAUCCCCAGGCCCUGCAGAAAUAUGUGGGUCUAGGACAAAAUCAAUGUCGAGAAAUUUCCAUUACAAAAAUUGGGAAAUCCAGUUUGCAAAAGUAGAUGAGGUGAGAUAGCCAGCUAGUGGCUUGUUAGCGAGGCUUGAGAUCAGUGGAUGGUAUAUCGUGGUAGCAGUUUUGUUUUGUUUAUUCAUUUGUUCUUCUCCAAGUUUUGUAAUCUGCUGCAUGUAUGUCUGCAUCAAGAGGUAGCAAGUUUUGUCAGCGUAAUAAGGUUUGGAGAGAU